CUAUAAUUUUAAAAUACUGUUUUUUAUAACUAAAAAUAUUUUCGCUGUUAAUUCAGAGAUGGCAUUUUGUCCUAAACAAAAACUUGUUUCUUUUUACAACACGUUUUCUCGCCAUACUUUCAUAAAAUUUUAUCAAACUUAUUCAACAAUAAUUAAUAAUGGCCAUAGUUGUAGCGUGGGUUCAAAAUUGGGUGGUUUUAGCCAUCUCUUUAUCAGCUUUAUUAGCAUUAAUGGGUUUUUUAGCAUUUUGCAUUUGUUUAGGUUAUAAUAAAAAACGAUUUCAAAACAUUUACAUUUUGAACAAAACCUUAUCGGUUUUUAGUAUAACACGUUCAAAAAAUGGUUAUAUGCAACCGAAAAAUGAUACUCAUCGCGUUGAAGACGUUCGAAGAAUUUCAAGAGCGCUUGAACCAGAAGAGGUUGAUACACGUAGCUUUGAUCAACUUCAAUUGGUGAUUGAAGAUGCGAAUGUUGAUACUGUUUCUUGUAUAAGCGAACAAUCUUUACAAUCGUUUUUAUCGGUACAAAAUUAAUUAAGAAAGUCGUAAUUAAAUAUUGAUGGUGUUUUUAAUUUGUUUUUUUUAGUAA